CCGCGGGGCUCCUCGGCGCGGCCGCCGGGGCCGGGGGAGCAUGAGCCCCGCGACCCGCCGGGGGACGGCCCGGGCCCGGCCCGGGAUCUAGACGGCCGUGGGGGAGGGGAGCCGCCCUGCCGCGGCGCCGUUCCGGAACCGCCGGGCCCUCGACGCCGCUUCUCCGGCCCCCGGGGCCGCGCUGUUUUGUUUCACCCUCGCGUUGUGCAGAAGUGAAGUGAAGUAAAAUGUCCACUAGGACCCCGCUGCCGACGGUGAAUGAACGGGACACUGAGAACCACACGUCACAUGGAGACGGGCGGCAAGAAGUUACCUCUCGCACUGGGCGCUCUGGAGCACGGUGUAGAAACUCUGUAGCUUCCUGUGCAGAUGAACAACCUCACAUCGGAAACUACAGACUGUUGAAAACAAUCGGCAAGGGGAAUUUUGCAAAAGUGAAAUUGGCAAGACACAUCCUUACAGGCAGAGAGGUCGCAAUAAAAAUAAUUGACAAAACUCAGUUGAAUCCAACAAGUCUACAAAAGCUCUUCAGAGAAGUAAGAAUAAUGAAGAUUUUAAAUCAUCCAAACAUAGUGAAGUUAUUCGAAGUCAUUGAAACUGACAAAACACUCUACCUAAUCAUGGAGUAUGCCAGUGGAGGUGAAGUGUUUGACUAUCUGGUUGCACAUGGAAGAAUGAAGGAAAAAGAAGCAAGAGCUAAAUUUAGACAGAUAGUGUCUGCAGUCCAGUACUGCCACCAAAAGCGGAUCGUUCACAGAGACCUCAAGGCUGAAAAUCUAUUGUUAGAUGCUGAUAUGAACAUUAAAAUAGCUGACUUUGGUUUUAGCAAUGAAUUUACUGUUGGCAGUAAACUGGAUACGUUUUGUGGCAGUCCUCCGUAUGCAGCCCCAGAGCUCUUCCAGGGCAAGAAGUACGACGGGCCGGAAGUGGACGUGUGGAGCCUCGGCGUCAUUCUUUACACUUUAGUCAGCGGGUCGCUCCCCUUUGAUGGACAGAACCUAAAGGAACUGAGAGAGAGAGUAUUAAGAGGGAAAUACAGAAUCCCUUUCUACAUGUCCACAGACUGUGAAAACCUUCUCAAACGUUUCCUGGUGCUAAAUCCAAUAAAACGAGGCACUCUAGAGCAAAUCAUGAAGGACAGGUGGAUCAAUGCAGGGCAUGAGGAAGAUGAACUAAAACCGUUUGUUGAACCAGAACUGGACAUCUCAGACCAGAAAAGGAUAGAUAUUAUGGUGGGAAUGGGAUAUUCACAAGACGAAAUUCAAGAAUCUCUUAGUAAGAUGAAAUAUGAUGAAAUCACAGCUACAUACUUGUUGUUGGGGAGAAAAUCUUCAGAGCUGGAUGCUAGUGAUUCCAGUUCUAGCAGCAAUCUUUCACUUGCUAAGGUUAGGCCAAGCAGCGACCUCAACAACAGUACUGGCCAGUCUCCUCACCACAAAGUACAGAGAAGUGUUUCUUCAAGCCAGAAGCAGAGGCGGUACAGUGACCAUGCUGGACCAGCUAUUCCUUCAGUUGUGGCGUAUCCGAAAAGGAGUCAGACCAGCACUGCAGACGGCGACCUCAGAGAAGAUGGAGUUCCGUCCCGGAAACCAGGCGGCAGUGCUGCUGGAGGAAAGGGAGUUGCUCCAGCCAGCCCCAUGCUUGGCAGCGCGAGUAAUCCCAACAAGGCGGAUAUUCCUGAACGCAAGAAGAGCUCCACCGUCCCCGGUAGUAAUACAGCAUCUGGUGGAAUGACGCGGCGGAAUACUUAUGUUUGCAGUGAAAGAACUACAGCUGAUAGACAUUCAGUAAUUCAGAAUGGCAAAGAAAACAGCCUGAUGGAAAUGUUCGCUUACGCAGCUAGCCCUGCCUCUGUUUGUAAGACAUCUUCCACCUGUCGGCUGCGACAUCACAAGUCGAUGUCCAUGUCAGGCUCUGGGCGCCCCAAGAUGAUGUUACCUCCAAUAGACAGUGAAGGAGAUAACUUCAAGGCUAUCACUAUUCCUGACCAGAGAGCUCCAGUUGCUUCAACACACAGUAUUAGCAGCACCACCACCCCAGAUCGAACCCGCUUCCCAAGAGGCACUGCCAGUCGUAGCACUUUCCACGGCCAGCCCCGGGAGCGGCGCACUGCCACGUAUAACGGCCCGCCUGCUUCACCCAGCCUGUCCCAUGAAGCCACACCAUUGUCGCAGACUCGAAGCCGAGGCUCCACUAAUCUUUUUAGUAAAUUAACUUCCAAACUCACAAGGAGAAACAUGUCAUUCAGGUUUAUCAAAAGGCUUCCAACUGAAUAUGAGAGGAACGGGAGAUAUGAGGGCUCAAGUCGCAACGUAUCUGCUGAGCAAAAGGAGGAAAACAAAGAAGCAAAACCUCGUUCCCUGCGCUUUACCUGGAGCAUGAAAACCACUAGUUCCAUGGAUCCCAAUGACAUGAUGCGGGAAAUCCGCAAAGUGCUGGACGCCAAUAACUGUGACUACGAGCAGAGAGAGCGCUUCUUGCUCUUCUGUGUCCACGGCGACGGGCACGCGGAGAGCCUCGUGCAGUGGGAGAUGGAAGUGUGCAAGCUGCCAAGACUGUCUCUGAACGGGGUCCGGUUUAAGCGGAUAUCAGGGACGUCCAUAGCUUUCAAAAAUAUCGCUUCCAAAAUUGCCAAUGAGCUAAAGCUGUAACCCAGUAAUUAUGGUGUAAAUUAAGUAGCAAUUUAAAGUGUUUUCCUGAACACUGAUGGAAAUGUAUAGAAUAAUAUUUAGGCAAUAACGUCUGCAUCUUCUAAAUCAUGAUAUUAAAAUAUAAGGACGAGAGCACGCCUGGGAGCGAAAGCUGGCCUUUUUUCUACGAAUGCACUACAUUAAAGACGUGUGACACGUG